AUGCCGCCCUCUGCCCUCGACAGGCUUGCGUCGCUGCACAUAGACUACCCCAUGCUCUUUGAGGUGCACAAUGCAGCGGCCAAUCGCACCUCGCACUGUGGCGUGUUGGAGUUCAUUGCAGAGGAGGGAUACGUGUACAUGCCAUAUUGGAUGAUGCAGAAUCUGCUACUACAGGAGGGUGACAUCGUGCGAUUCAGGAACGCCACUCUCCCCAAGGGCACGUACGUGAAGCUGCAGCCACACACCAAGGACUUCCUAGACAUCUCCAACCCUAAAGCCGUUGUAGAGGGGGGUUUAGUGGCGCCCACACCCACUCUCCCCAAGGGUUUCUACGUGAAGCUGCAGCCACACACCAAGGAAUUCCUUGACAUCUCCAACCCCAAAGCGUCGCCGACACACACCACUCUCCCCAAGGGUUCGUAUGUGAAGCUGCAGCCACACACAAAGGACUUCCUUGACAUCUCCAACCCCAAAGCCGUGCUUGAGAUGACUCUCCGCAGCUUCUCCUGUCUCACCAAGGGCGAGAGCAUCAUGGUGGCAUACAACAACAAGCGCUACUUCAUUGACGUCGUGGACGCGCGGCCAGGAGCAGCCAUCUCCAUCAUCGAGACCGACUCUGGAGGAAGGAAGAGCGCCGGGAAAGACGGAAAAGCAGACGCAGCCCCCCCACCCGAGGAGCCCGCCUUCACGCCAUUCGUCGGCACUGGCAGGCGAUUGGACGGCCGCCCAGCAGCCUCCCCCUCCUCCCCUGCCACGUCAGCAUCUGCCACGUCAGCAGCAUCAAGAGAGGGCGUAUCUGGGGCAGGCGGGGCGGGUGGGGCGCGUGGUAGUGCUGGUGGCGCUGGUGGUAGUAGUGCUGCCGGUGGUGCUGCCGGUGGUGCUGGUGGUGCUGCGAGUGGGGGGAGAAAGGAGGGACGGCUGGUGUUUGGAUCGGGAGAUGGAGCACCACGAGCGGGUCCCAGGGCUCCAAAGAAAAAGGAGGAGCCUCAAAAGGAAGAACCUCAGAAGCCAUCCUUCCAAGCUUUCUCCGGGAAGGGUUAUUCUCUGCGCUGA